AAAAAAAAAGGUGAAUUAAUUCAAACACACUCAGGGAUCCCCCUAUCAGUGUACAAUUUGGAGCAGAGCUGAGUGAGUGCAGGACCUGCCAGGCUGAGCCAAAGGGACCCUGACACUGGGAUUUAAUUCUACCCAACACAGCAACACCAUGAGGCUAACAGCAUCAGUAGUGCUGCUUAUUAUAUUGAACAAUGUGCUUGCAGAUACAGGUAAGCCAUGCUUGCACAUUGAUUAAGGAAGGAUAUAUAUAUAUAUAUAUAUAUAUAUAUAUAUAUAUAUAUAUAUAUAUAUAUAUAUUUUACAUUUAAAUUUACUUGUGUUUUUAUUUUAGCUGCUUUGUACUUUGCCAUGUGAGGAAUAACAUGACAUGCUGACUCUAUAAAAUGCAUUUAUUGCAUAGUGAUGACAUUGACAGAGUCAGUAUAUCAUGUUAUAGAUCUUUAUCUUCAUUAUAGAGUCUGGAAUUGUCUGUUAUAUAUCAAGUAGUCAUUUUAUAGCCUGGUCUUGGCUUUCUUUUUCUUUUUAUGAAUGCAGGAUCAGUCAUUGUACAAUAUAGCCUUAUAGAGCUUGUAAUAGGAUAGAGCCUGGACUUUUAAUGAUGCAUGAUCACAGAACCAGCCCUUGCUUUCAGCUGCUUAUUGUACUAUUUUGAUAUUUAUUGAGAUAUCCCCUAGCCUGCCAUUGCAGCACUGAUACUGUUUGAUUUCAUUCAUCACAACGUGUUGUGUGGGAGAGUCCUGGCUGUGCUCUAACUCUGUGCAUGUUAUAUACUGGGGCUCUAUGGGGGAGAUAUACUAAGCCCCCCCUUUCUAUGUCUGUCUGGGGUUCAGUUAAGGUUGCUAGGAUGCAGGUUAUUGGGGGGGGGGGGGCUGAGGUGAAUUAGCGCAGAUCUGACGUUUACAACCGGCUUUCCCCUCCUCUACUACGGCAUGCCCCUUCAAGCCCCGCCCUUAUAUAUGCCGUCUUGGGCCGGCUAGAACCAAAGCUGAUUGGCUGACGUCAAAUCGGCCGAUCGCGAGCCCCAGCCUGACUGCCCAAUCAGGGUAAUGAUAGGGCGGGGCUUAGCGACGGUUUUUUUUUGUUUUUUUUUUUCUUCUCCUCGUAUAGUGGCGGGCCACGCCCUAUUAUAACUGUUUCUCAGCUCGGCUGCAUGGCGGGAAAACUCCUCCUGCUUGUGGGAUGGGUUUUCUGGCGUGAGGGAAAGGCCAGGCCAGGCCAUGGCCGGCCCCUCUUCCCUUACAAGUUCAAGUACGUCUGGCUUCCUCCAUCAAAGGAUGGGGUCAGGGCGUGGGCCCCUGCUGAUAAGAGUUUAACGCACGUACAUAGGGUCCUGUGUAAAGACACGCCCGGAUAGGGCUAUGCAGACAUAAUGGCUUUUAAUUUUUAAAUGAUGCUGAACGAGUAAAAUGGAAAAUACCAUAAAUUCAACACGUACAAAAUGCUAAAAAAAAAAUAUAAUUUAUACAUUAAAUUAUUAUAUAAAAAAAAGUGAAGUAAAAUCGACUUUGCUAACCAGUUAUGAAGUAAAUUUUGGUUAUUAUUCUUCUCAAAUCAUGUGGAGUUUAAUUUAAAAUUAAAACUGAUUUAACUAAAUCACAAGCCAUUAUUUUUCCUCCCUCAGUCUCAUCUUAUAGAAUCACUUUAUGAAGUAAAUGUGGUUUCUGUGCCCCGAGUUCUUAAAAUAAUGCAGACAAUAUUGUGGUUGAAGUGGGAAAAUUAACUUGUAAUGUUUAAAAAAAAACCCGCAGGAUUUGGCGUAAAGUCUCAAUUUUAUCCCACGAACAUAGUGUGUGGAACUUCCCUCCUCUUCAAAUUUAUCUUAAAACAUCCACCGGUUUAUAUUUUGACUUUUCUUUUUUUUUACCACAACAUUUUAAAGAAGAAACGAUUCCCUGCUUGUAUUAUUUACAUGGAAUCAUUAUUUUUACUAAUUUAUUUAGUAAAAAUAAUGAUUCCAUUAUUACUAUUUGUUAAACUGAUGUGGUAACAAAGUAACAAAUUAAUUAGACAUAGCAGUUUUCUAUCUACUAAUUACUUUUAACAAUAAAUACAAUAAAUAAAUGACCAAACCUAGUGCCAGAUUAUACUCUAUUUUACAUAAGCAUUGCCCUGGCAUGGUUGCCAUUACAAACCUACAGUGAUGCCACCCUUUGCCACUAGUGCCAGUGUUGUGUUGGCACACGUUUUGCUUUGUGCCGGGUGGUAUUUACCCUGGCACAACCUCAGCUGUAAGGGAGCAAGUAAAAAUAGGACGUUUUUGCCAUUUUCAAUUCACUACUAUGUUUAUUUCAUUAUAGAGGAAGGCACGUUUCAGAUACACAGGGUCUCCGAAGCAGGAUGUUCUUAAUAUUUCCAAGUUGGGUGUGCCUCUUCUAAUGGAGUCUGCUUGCCAGCCAUUUUUAAAACUCCUGUUACUAUACACAAGUUUUGGUGUCUGCCAGUUCAGUGCAUUAUGUGUGCUGGGGAUGAGGUUUAGGGGGAGGCAUUCCCUGGUGAAAGUUAGUUAAUUAAUUAAAAAGGUGGCAAAAUUUGAAUUCGAGUAGGUGGGUUAGUAUCCAAAACUUUGUCUCCUUCAUGCUGUUUCUCACUCGCAAUUCAUGUUUGACACAGUGGCAGCAGAAGGCAACAAUUUAUAAUCUAAGACUGUACUAAUUUAAACUAAAGUAUUCAAAAGUAAGCAAUGUUUGCCUUAGAAGGGGGCCGUCAUUUGCACGUUAUGUACAGGUAAUAAUUUCCCCUCUAACGUAACAUCCUGUAUGGUGCAAGCAGAUAUAAUAAAAAAUAUUGUUUUUAUAAACCAUGGGCUGUAUUUGCAGGGCCUAUACUAUUAAAACACUUAAUAGCAUAAGCACCUUUAAUUUCUCUGUACAAUGUGUUGCAAUAAUUUCCACCAUCAGAAAUGUGGGGAUUGCGUAAUGUUUUUAUUGAGCCAUUUAAAAAUUAUUAUUUUUUUAACCUUAACGGUGACGCCAUUAGCAGGAAAACACCACAUCAGGAAACAAAGAAGCAAGUGACUACUAUUAUCGCAGUGCUUUUACAGCAACCGAUACGGCUAAUGAUUCAAACAAUCGCAAUAAAGCAAUUUAUCAUUUUUAGAUAAUGUCUCAGCUCCUUAUAACUAAUUUCAUUUGCUUUAGACACUAUAAUACCAUAUCUGCAAGUCUCCUAUCUCUCCUAAAGUUAGGCCUCACUGGUACUAGAGAAGUAAUAUAUUUAGGGCCAUAUAUUUACCCCUCCAGAGGCUGUUCUAGGACAGUUAAUAUAAUGAACAUUUUCAUGAUAAGACUUUGGGGAUCUAAUUUAUCCCAUAUAAGCCAUACAAGUUUGGGAUUAAAUACACUUUCCUCUUUGCUUGCUAACCUUCUGGGCCAUCAAACGUGCCACUUUAUCUGUCUUUCUAUAGACUGAGGCCUACAACUCUCAGGAAUAGUGUUUUUUUUUUUUUUGUGUUUUUUUUUUCAACCUCUCUGGUAGAUUAAAGUGUUGACUCUAGGUAGAAAAACUGUGAUUCCUCCCAAUAGUUUUAACAUGACUCAUUCUAAUUUUGGAACCUUACGUUGUCGGUAAAACCCCUCCCCCAAGAUAUCGUCUUAUGUUAAGACAAAUAACUGGGUGUAUUGUGAUACAUCUUGGGGUAAAAAAAAAAAGCAAGGCAGAAUACACCGUGUUCUAAAAUGGUGGAAGAUUCUUCUCCUACCCACAUACUUCCUCAGAGCUCAUUCCAGGAAGUUACCUUGAACAAUGACCGGCAUAAUUUUACAUAUUGCCAAACCCUCUUUGUGCCUUGAGUACAGUAUAUGACAUAAGCAUUUUCUUACUCACAAGCUAAAUGUAUAAGGUAUUCAGAGUGUACAUGUUGUCACGGCUCUGGAGUCUUUCAGCUUGGUGCCUAUGGCCCACCACCAUGCUUCAUUGACUUAUGGACUUGUUUUGGUCAGUAGUUAAAAUACAGGUAGAAACACAGCUACAAGUGCCAUGAUUAUUUGCAUACCUUAACGAUAUCCAGGUCUACCUUUGUCCCUUUAAGAGUAACUCCUUAGUACCAAUAAACUAGAUGUUACUUGCUCUUACCAGACUGUUACUCCUUCAGACAUUUGUUAGACAAGAAAUUAAGCCAACAGUCUUUUCAUGGUAGUUAGACGUCCACACUUUCUUACAGGAAGGCUUAAAUAGCUUUUACAUAGAAACAUAGAAUGUGACGGCAGAUAAGAACCCAUCUAGUCUGCCCAAUUUUUAAAAUACUUUCAUUAGUCCCUGGCCUUACCUUAUAGUUAGGAUAGCCUUAUGUCUAUCCCACGCAUGUUUAAACUCCUUUACUAUGUUAACCUCUACCACUUUAGCUGGAAGGCUAUUCCAUGCAUCCACUACCCUCUCAGUAAAGUAAUACUUCCGGAUAUUAUUUUUAAACCUUUGCCCCUCUACUUUAAGACUAUGUCCUCUUGUUGUGGUAGUUUUUCUUCUUUUAAAUAUGGUCUCCUCCUUUACUGUGUUGAUUCCCUUUAUAUAUUUAAAUUUCUAUCAUAUCCCCCCUGUCUCGUCUUUCCUCCAAGCUAUACAUGUUAAAAUCCUUUAACCUUUCCUUGUAAGUUUUAUCCAGCAAACCAUGAACUAGUUUUGUAGCCAUUCUCUGAACUCUCUCUAAAGUAUCAAUAUCCUUCUGGGGAUACGGUCUCCAGUACUGCGUACAAUACUCCAAGUGAGGUCUCACCAGUGUUCUGUACAAUGGCAUGAGCACUUCCCUCUUUCUACUGCUAAUACCUCUCCCUAUACAACCAAGCAUUCUGCUAGCAUUUCCUUGAGGUUAGGACUUUAUCAAAUAUUCUAUACUCUGCCCUUGGGUUUUUACGUCCAAGAUGCAUUAUCUUGCACUUAUCCACAUUAAAUGUCAGUUGCCACAGCUCUCACCAUUUUUCCAAUUUACCUAAAUCAUUUGCCAUUUGGCUUAUCCCUCCUGGAACAUCAACCCUGUUACAUAUCUUAGGAUCAUCAGCAAAAAGACAUACCUUACCAUCAAGAUCUUCUGCAAUAUCACUAAUAAAAAUAUUAAAGAGAAUGGGUCCAAGUACAGAUCCCUGAGGUACCCCACUGGUGACAAGUCCAAGCUUCGAAUAUAUUCCAUUAACUACAACACUCUGUUGCCUGUCACUCAGCCACUGCCUAACCCAUUCCUGUGGAAAGUACCACAACAUGUUUUCUUUUGAGAAUUGCAUAUUGUUUGACAAACAAUAAUGAAGUUUGUUGAUCAAUACUAAUAUGUUUUGAUCUCUUUAUUUUCCCAUGUCUUAUCUGCUUACCUUCAGCUCCGUACGAUAGACUAUCAUGGGUUAUAUGGCACCUCAAUGUUCUUUAUGGCAGACGUAUAAUCUCUAAUCAUUUUCCCGUUUACAGACCAGUACAUUCUGCUCAUACAACACAACAGGACAUUUUUUAUUUUUAAAAAUAGAUCUGUUAAACAAGUAUUGCCUUUAAAAAAAAAAAAAAUAUAUAUAUAUAUAUAUAUAUAUAUAUAUUUUUUUUUUUUUAAUGGUUUUGUAAGUCAAAGUUCAAAUUUUAAGAUUUAUUUUAAUAUUUCCAAUACAGCUGCUAAAUAUCCAUUUCUUAAUCACCAAGAUGUUUUUAUAGGAAUCUUUAGUUCUUUAAAUACAGUGCUGUGCAAUACGUUGGCGCUAUAUGGAUCAUUUUAAUUGUAUUUCUUUUUAUAUGCAAAAUCCCCUCACGUGUGAUUGUGUAAUAUGGAACAAACUCGCAUGCGCGAUGGGUAAUUUUUUUACAGUUUUGUCGCAGGAUAUUUGGACUAAAGUUCAGGCGUCAGCAUCUUGUCUCAAUAUUAACGUGUAAUCUAAGCAUUAUUCUUAAAGGGGGUUUAUUAAGGAAGCUGCAAAUAUUCAAAAAAGUAUCAUAUAAAGCUGAUGUUUCAUGCAGAAAUACCGUUCAAAGUUAGAAUUUUAUUCCUUCAUGUAUACUGCACUUUAUGGUUUGGGACACUUCUAAAAUGUUCAUGUUGCAUCCAUAAUACUACUUAGUAGAUGUUUUUUUAAAGAAACCAGGCACUUUCGCUAAUCAGGGUUAAUGAGGAAUUGGAAUUUCUCACUUUGCUGUCCAAGUCUGGUUGAGCAGAUGGUAUCUUUAAUUUUCAUACAUAAGUUGGAUAAAUAAAAUAUCUGACGGCUUUCUUAAACCUGUGUCACCCAUACAUUUAAGAAAGUAUGGCGUCUGUUUGACCGACUGGGACUGAAUUAGAACCAGGCUGAGUACUCUGCUCUGGCAUUUGAAAUAUGAGACUUCCUUUCCUGCAUUCGUGUACACUGAAUUGCUUGCUUUCUAAUAGAACCACUCCUCAAAUAGAGCAGUAAAAAAAAUCAGUUGGACAAUGAUAGUGGGGCAAUGAAUGCAGUUUGGUUUAAUCCGCAAUUAACAUUUAUCUAUGGCUAGUUAGCCCCCUGCCCCAUGAGCCACCCAGAGUUGGACAACUAAUGCAAAAGUUCACUUUUGUGUUAGCCGAGCCUCAGCAUGGGGAUGGGAUUUUAGGCUCCGGGGUAACCCUGAUUUUAUGAAUUGGUUAUGCAGUAACUGGGGAGACUGCACUCAAAAACACUUUGCACCAUCACCACUACCAAGAGAGUAGAAUUCUGUAAUAAAUUAUAUUUCUUUUUUUCUUUUUCCCUCUGUUAAGUAGUUUCCUUUUUGAAGGCCUUCAUUAACCCCUUAAGGACCCAAACUUCUGGAAUAAAAGGGAAUCAUGACAUGUCAGACAUGUCACACAUGUCGUGUCCUUAAAGGGUUAAACUUCUAGAUUUUAUCUGUAGAGAAUGGAGAGGUCAGGCUUGCUGUAGAUCUGUCUCUGUCACAUAGACAUCCUUGUUAUUAGGUUUAUCAUCACAAACCUGGAGGCAUUUCUAUAUUCUAGAAAUCUCCUUCCUUUUUGAUUUUUUUUUUUUUUUUCUUCAAUUUUCCAUUCAUUACAGCCCGAUAACAAGCGAUCAGACAUCUCGUGUUCAUACUGCUCGUUUAUAUAUGACUGAUAACAUGCAACAAGCUCAUUAUCUAUUAUUAGACCUCCCACAACACCUAGACUACUGUAGGGCUGGCUGAGGGUUAUGGCAUUGGUAUCCAAAAUGGCAAAGCCGCACUAACACAGCUAUAUUUCCCUAAUGUUUUUGAAGGGUUUCUAACCUUGCUUGUUAAUAAAGCUAUUUUAAUCUUUGCCAUACUUUGCUCACGUGGCCCUGAAAUGAAGGUGGUAUUUCAAUGUAAAGAUCACAGUGAUUACUGGAGUCACAUUGUUUUAAGAUUUAUGUGUGGCAUUUCUGUAGACAUGUGAUGAACUUUUUUUAUCGCUGCCCUUCAAACAUGCAGGGCCUUUGAUUGGCUGUUAAUGUCUGUGGUGGUAGUGAUGGUGGUUAGAUACUUUUUGGAGGGGGUAAAGCAUUACAUACAAGGUAACAGUGGAUUGUAACUUAGUUGAAGUUAUUAGUUCUAGUGGGCCUUGGCAAUGCCUUUACACAAUCUUUUUUAUUUAUUUUUUCUCACAGGGAGUAAAUGUGAUCGAAACGAGUUUAAGUGCUCAGAUGGGAAAUGCAUACCAUACAAAUGGGUUUGUGAUGGAAGCCCAGAAUGUGACGAUGAGUCGGAUGAGUCUGGAGAGGCUUGCAGUAAGUAAAUUUCAUAUCCCGGAAUAUUCUUCAGUGACAUUCUGAAAUGACCACUUUUUUAUUUAUUUUUUACUCUUUCUGAAAAUAUAUUAAUACAUAUGUCCAGAUUUUUAUUUUUAUUAUCACUCAUUCAAUGCUCUGUUUUCCUUCCCUUCAGUGUCUAUAGUGUGCACCGAAGACCAGUUCAGCUGUGGUGGACGGUUAAAUCGUUGUAUUUCUAUGUCCUGGAAAUGUGAUGGAGAGACUGACUGUGAAAAUGGCUCAGAUGAACAGAAUUGUCGUAAGUUUACUUGUGACACUAGUUAUGUUUUUAUAGAUAAAGCUAGUGCAAGUGUGAUAUUCUACAUAAAACAUGAAUGAUCAUCGUUACUAAUACUCUAUUGCUUCUUUGUUAGCUGCCAAAACUUGCCCCGAUGACUUUUUCCGGUGUAACAAUGGAAAGUGCAUCUCUCUUGAGUAUGUGUGUGACCAUGACCAUGACUGUGAGGAUGGCAGUGAUGAAGUGUCCUGUGCAGAACCCACAUGUGGUCCAGCCUAUAUAAGUUGCCACAACAAUGGCAUGUGUAUUCCAAAGUUUUGGGGUUGUGAUGGAGACCCUGACUGUGACGAUGGCUCAGAUGAGCUUAACUGUGAUGGGAAGGCACCCACAAGGACUGAAAAACCAUGUGGCGAGCUGGAAUUUCACUGUGGGAGUGGAGAAUGCGUACACCUGAGUUGGAAGUGUGACGGAGCAUUUGACUGCAAGGAUAAAUCAGACGAGAUGGAUUGUAGUAAGUAUCUGAACACCCACGUAUAGAGAACAAAUGGAAGUAAAAGUGACAAGAACUCGUGUUUCACUGUGAUCCCUUGCUCACACGAGGGUCAUAAUUCUUGUUCAAAAGUGCUAAAAAUUUAAUUAUGCACAGAAAACGUGCUUGAUUUACUGUUUAUGAAGCUUAUCGUGAUUCUUGUCUGUCUUCCAGUCAAACCCACCUGCCGUCCAGAUGAAUUUCAGUGUGACAAUGGGCAGUGUAUUCAUGGGAACCGCCAGUGUGACAAGGAAUAUGACUGCAAAGAUCUGAGCGAUGAGCGGGGCUGUGUGAAUGGUGAGUACUGAGAGAAAAAAGGUUACAUUACUACCUAAUGCAGUUCAUAAGUGUGUCAUCAAGUUACCUCCUGCACCCUUAGACAUAGAAUCUCUUGUUCCCUUAAGAUAAAGAUUUAAUCUCGGACAGGAGGUGGUCAUGGGCAGAGCGAAAAGCUUUCACCUGCUGCACCCACAGAACAUUGCUAAGCUAUGAUCCUAUGUCUAUGAGUAUAGCACUAUGCACCCAUUUAAACUCUUUUUUUUUUUUUUUUUUAUUUAGUGACAAAAUGUGAAGGCCCCAACAAAUUCCAGUGCCGCAGUGGGGAGUGCAUCUCUAUAGAGAAAACCUGUGAUGGGAAGAGAGACUGCCGAGACUAUUCAGAUGAGCCUGUUAAAGAGUGCAGUGAGUAUUUUUUGUCCUCUAUAACUAGGCCUUGUUCUCAUAAUGUCUCAUGGUUGCCCCCCUACUAAAUGAAUACAAUACAUCCAUAACCUGUUUUAUGACUAUGCCCCAAAGAAUUGACCCUUAGUUGUCUUGCUUUGGGGAAGGAACAUUUUACAAAGUUAAACAUUUAUAUGGGGGCUCAUUUGUUUUUUGGUAUAGCAAAUUAUCUGGACACAUUGCCCCUGGUGACUAGUAGUGGAAACCUGAUUCAAACCUUUUAAGAAACCAAACUUAUGCCGUAAAGAAUUAUGUAUUAAUUCUGGUUAUCUUUCUCCCCAGAUGAAAAUGAGUGCUUAAAGAACAAGGGAGGCUGUUCUCAUAUCUGCAAGGACCUAAAUAUUGGCUAUGAAUGUAUGUGUCCUGAUGGUUACAGACUGGUGAAUGGAAGGCGCUGUGAAGGUAAUUGAUAGUAUAGGAAUAUGUUGUGUAUUCAGAUAUAUUUCAGCAGGCUAAUUUUAAGGGUUUAGUUUGUACUAGAAGUACAGACAUUCUCGUAUUUCAAUGAUCCUGGCUGUUUAUAUCUUCAUUCUACUCACUGUGUAUGGUAUACUGAUUGUUAGAAAGUACUCCUUAUAUUGGCACAAUCGUGGAUACAAUUCUCUUACUUCAGUUUAAUUUUCUCCUUACAACCUUUUUGUCUCUGUGUACAUUUCCCCUAAAGAUUGUAAGCUUAUGGCCUUUCUCCUUUCGUUAUAGUGUCUAAAUAUGUCUCCCUAUUUGUAUAUUCACCAGUGUUAUUUUUGCAUAGAUUGCAAAGUGCUCUGAAUAAGACAACCACCUUUGGCCAUUUAUUAAAAUAAUGAAAAACAAACACACACAUAUUUGCCUUGGAAUAUAACAUUUAAACGUGAAAGUCAGACUCCUUUAACUGCGUAAACAAGGCUGAUUAGAAUGUGAUCCUGAAUGGUUUUGCCCAGCCAGAAAAAUCAUUGUGUUGUGUGUUCUUUUCCUUUUCUGUUUGGAUUCUGUGUAGCAAGUGAAUGUGGUUUAAUGCAUCUAGACUGUAUGAGCAGGAUCCUCAAUAACCUCUUGUUUCCUUUUUAAUAUUUGUAAUAUUUUUUCUCAUUAUAUCCCCACAUUAAUUUAGUAAAGUGCUGCGAAAUAUGUUGCCUCUAUGUAAAUGCCUUUAAUAAGUGUCUCAUUUUCUGAUUUUUCUACUCAGAUAUCAAUGAAUGUGAAAUCCCUGACACGUGCAGCCAAAUCUGCAUCAAUUUGGAGGGCAGCUUCAAGUGUGAAUGUAAAGAGGGAUAUCAGAUGGAUCUUAUGACUAGAUCCUGCAAAGCCAUUGGUAGGUGGAGUGUGUUCCUUAUAAUACAUGCGAAAAGGUCUUAAUAACCUUUUGUCCAUGUGCUUCAUAUGUCCUGUACGCAGGAACUACAUUACAUGCUUGAUGUCUUAUCUCUUUCUGUCUUCUCUUUUAUUUUUCUAUAUAGGAAACAUAGCAUAUCUUUUCUUUACUAACCGCCAUGAGGUUAGGAAGAUGACCUUGGACAAGAGCGAGUACUCAAGCUUCAUUCCACAUCUGAAGAACGUGGUGGCUUUAGACAUGGAAAUAGACAGCAAAAAAAUCUACUGGUCUGACCUGAGUCAGAAGAAGAUUUACAGGUAAUGUAGAACUUAGUUCAUUCACAAACUGUCAACCUUUCCAAACAAGGAAGGAAAUUCCAGAAUAUACUCUUGUUUCUGUUCAACAAACUGAUCCUCCACCCUCCUCCUUCUUUCGAGCAGUGCUUUAAUGGACAAAGCCCACAACAUUUCCCACCAUGCAACAGUAAUUAGCAAUGAAAUAAAAACUCCUGAAGGGAUUGCAGUUGAUUGGAUCCAUGGCAAUAUCUACUGGACAGACUCUGCCCUUAGCACUAUUUCGGUGGCCAACACAGAAGGAUCCAAGCGGAAAACUCUCUUCAAGGAGGAUCUGGGCAAACCUCGGGACAUUGUGGUGGAUCCUUCACAAGGGUAAGUGUGAUGUCAACCCAACAUGACAGACCUUAGAGCUUACACUCUUACUCAGAAGACCUUACACUGUAAAAUGUUGACUUUGUUGAACAUCUGUUUUAAUAUCUAUCCUCUCGUUUUGCUAUUUCAGUUUCAUGUACUGGACAGACUGGGGUCUGCCUGCUAAGAUUGAAAAAGGAGGCUUGAAUGGUGCAGACAGGCAAACUCUGGUCACAGAUGGAAUUGAAUGGCCCAAUGGUAUCACUCUGGGUGAGUUUUCUCAGAAUAUGUUCUCCUUAUGCAUCCUGAUCCACUUCUUCUUCAUCCAUCUCUUAUUUUCAUUACGUAUGUCUGAGCUGCACCGAGUUAUAAAAUUACGUGGGGCAUAGUUUUCUAUAAUGGUUAAACAUACCUUUUUAGGUUAUACCUUAUCUGUAUGCCACCAUAUGGUGUCACUUUGGACAAUGUGUGAUUCUUUAUGGUAAUUGUUUUCUUUAAAAUCCCCCUUUUAAAUUUAUUUAUUUAUUUAUUUAUUUUACACUAUUGUAUUUUUUUUUUCUUCAGACUUUAUGAGUCAAAGACUAUACUGGGUGGACUCGAAGCUUCACUCACUGUCCAGUAUCGAUGUUACCGGAGACAACCGACAUACUGUUUUAGUGGACGAAGAGCACUUGGCUCAUCCUUUCUCCCUUACGAUCUUUGAAGUAAGUUUACAUUAAAACAUUGUCCCUGUUAUUCCUGGUCCAUGAAGACUGAAAAUUAGCAGGGAUAUUUUGCUAAUCGUACUAGCUGACUUUAUAUUUAAACAAAGACAAGCACACAAAAUCCAUGUACAGUAAGAAUGUAUUUUAUUUUAUACCACAUGAUGGUUCACAUGCAAUAGUUGCUCUAUUUUGAGUAGGAUUUUCUUAUUUACUUUUAGAAAUUGCAUCAAACUUACACCUGGUACAGGACUUUACAAGCCCUUGACCCAAAUCGCUGUUUUUUUUUUUUUGUUUUUUUUUGUCUAUGUCAAUAUUUGCUCCCACUAUCUAUUUAGUCUGAUAUUUUGUUAUCUUCAAGACUGGAUCAAAUAUUAACAGUAAUUUGGGGUCAGCAUUAUCUACCUAUGUAAUAAUGCUUUGGGUGUAUUUUUCAGGACCUUGUUUUCUGGACAGACAAUGAGAAACUAGCAAUAUUCAGUGCCAACAGACUCACAGGAGAGAACAUUGUUAAAGUUGCUGAAGAUCUUCAGUCUCCCGAUGAUAUUGUCUUAUACCAUAACCUGAGACAGCCAAAAGGUAUGAAUAACAAUUCCGUGUUUCCAUGUUAUAUCUAUAUCUAAUCCGUUACAUUUCAGAGAAAGAAAGGUUCUUAUGAAUUCUAGGUUAGUGGUUUAAACCAGUCAUAAGGAACCAGCAAUAGGGAUAAUGAUAAAACCGAUGCAAUUUAGGGUUAUUUGAGAACCAUUCCUAAAUGGGUUUGCAUUCUAGAUCUGUCUCUCUGGCUCCAGAACAAUAGAGGUCAAAAAGUGUAGCUCUCAGAAUGUCCAGAGGCUACAAUCCCUAUGAUGUUUUGACAGCUAUUAAGGGUUGAAGUUCCCCAAUAGAUUGAGGGCUGCCUAUUGAACCAGGUCUAGGUUAUUGUAAAUUGUUGUUGAGGAGGGAAUAAAGGAGUCUGCAAGUUUCCCUAGAUUGUAGGGACGAACACAAUCUAUAGGUUAUAUUGAGAUAUGUGAUGGGGAGUAACAUUUGCAUAAAUUCUCUGAAUACAAUGGGAUUGUAUUGAGCUCACUGCAGAAUGUAUGACAUAACAGAAAAGAACUGUUUUUAUAGGUGUGUGUGUGUGUGUUUUGUAUUUACUUUAGUAAUUUAGUUUUUGUUUGUUUUAGUGCAUUUAUUAAACUUUUUUUUUUAUCCACACUCUUGAUUACAGCUCAAAACUGGUGUGAAACCCACCAUCUUGAAAAUGGUGGCUGUGAGCAUUUGUGCCUACCAGCCCCUCAAAUCAGUGCCCGCUCCCCAAAAUUCACAUGUGCCUGUCCUGAUGACUUGCAACUGGGGCCCGACAUGAGAAGAUGUGUGACGGGUAGGUUGGGUUUUUGUAAUGCCACGAAUGGCCACAGGAGGCGUUUGGGUGUGAAUAGAUCCUUUCAUUGUCGUUGCAUGAGCUUGCCAUGCAGCCUGUACAGAACCGUGCAAAUGGAGUGUGUUGAGAAAAUCAGAGUAAUAAAAGUCCUCGUUUAUCCCCUAUGUAAAAAUGAUCAAGGCUCCUAACAUGUCUUCUUUGCUUUCCAGCAUCUACUCCUACAGAAGUAUCGCAAUCUACAUCACCACCUAUUACCACCACAGCAAUGAGGAGUACUACCCUUGCGAAGAUCACAAAUAGGCUCCCAAAAACUGAACCACAGCCAAAACUUGCAACAGCUUCAACCACUACCACAAUCUCCACCACCACAGCUGCUGCUAAAACCACUGCAACAAGAACCACGGCGAAAUCCUUGAACUUCACUACACAGGCGUUUCAAACACAAGAAAACAAAGGUACAUUCACCCUUCACACUCUCUCUCCUAUCUCCUUUUUAAUAAUUGCAUCAUCAAGCUUUUAUAGAAGAUGGCAGAAUGGUAGCUAAAUUUACACUGGACAAUUUUGCAAUUAUUACUACAAUGGGGUGAUGGGUGUAUGUAGAGGGGAUUAUGUGAUGAAGACUAUUUUGUUUUUAUUUCAGUAACACAAACGUAUUGCUUGUGUCCCAUAAAAGCCAGAGAGCUGCCAUGUAACACCCUCUCUCAAUUUUAUUUUUGUAGAUCGGGAUGUGCUUGUCGCAGAUACUACAAAUUCCCACUCUGGUCCCACGGCUCUCUAUAUUGUGCUACCAAUUGGUAAGUUGUAAAGAAGAAACAUUGUUACUCUGGCAACAUCUCGGUUUGUUUGUGAAGCCUUUGAAGCAAAUCUUCAUAGCUAACUGAAUCUGUUGAAGGCAUUCUUGUAUCCGAUAUAGAAGUCUCUUUAUGGUGCUGUACGUCUUAUUCAUAUAUGACAAUGAACAAACCAGAGAUGCCUGUUUCACAUGGCAUUUGUGGCCAGGUGGAUGCAAUCUUACAGUAGUUCACAAUUUUUAUAUUUAAGCCUGGUUGAUAUGAUUUAGCUCAACCCCCAUAUAUUUAUUUUGUCACAAAUUAUUAUAUUUGUGACUGAAAAAUGCUCAAUGGGAAACUGCGUACUUGCAUUGGUUCGGGUCUUUUGGUGCCUGCUUGCUUACACUUUAAAAAAAUUUUUUUUUAAAUUUAACUUUCCUAUUCUUAAAAGAAAAAAAAGAGACUUAAUCUGAUUUCAAAAGGCAUACAUAUCGAUACAGGGGCAGGCAACAUUUGGCACACCAGCUGUUGUGGACUACAUCUCCCAUAAUGCUCUUAUAGCCACAAUGCUGGCAAAGCAUCAAGGGAGAUGUAGUUCACAAAAUCUGGCGUGCCAAAUGGUGCCUACCAUAGUAUGAUGGUGCAAAAGGACAGUUUCUCGUGGCAGAGAGAACAAACUUUGCAGAACUACAUAUUGCUCACCAUUCAGACAGAAUGCAUUCAAUUAUGUGAAAGCCAUAAUGAUGAUAAUUUUUUUUAAAUUAACAUCCUCUUUAUCUUUCUGUUUUUGUUUCUUUUCUCCAGUGCUGCUUUGUUUAAUAUCUUUUGGUGGUUACCUCUUGUGGAAAAACUGGAGACUGAAAAACACCAACAGCAUCAACUUUGACAAUCCUGUGUAUCAGAAAACUACAGAAGAAGAUGAGAUCCACAUAGGACGAAGCCAAGGCGGAUACAGCUACCCAUCGGUAAAUAACAAUCUACUCUGUACAAAAACAAACCUACAGCGAUGAAUAGAUCUGACAAAGCUUACUAAAUAGUACAUGCACAAGAUCACACUCUGGUGAAUCCAAAACAAUAUGUUUUGUCCUUUAAGAACUAAUCAUAUGUUGGGUGAAAUGGACAGUUUAGGCACCAAAAGCAUCUAAUCUUAGUGAACUGAUUUUGGUGUCCCUCACAGCUUUGCACUUUUUAUAUUUUGCACCUCUAAUAGCUGUCAAAUGUUGUUGCUGGAUGUGUGCAAUGCUUCUCGGUUGUGAAUAUAUGUCCCCAUUGUUUCUCUGAGAAGCAUUUCAUUGGACAAGUCAUCAGAGUGUCUGUUUAAACUCUGUCUUGAGUACUGUUAUUUUGUAGAGAAGCCAACAAUAUAGACCUCCUAAAUUGUGGGAAUAAAAUUCUUACCGUGGUCAAAUAUGUACAGAUCUGAUCUUCUAAACCUUGAUCAAUACAUGUUGAUACAGAGUCAUGUUAUUACAGAUGAAAGUAGUGCGAGAGUAUGUUUACUAUAAACUGCUUUAAAGGAACACUCCACUGCACCCCCCAAAAAAAAACCAAAAAAUAAAAAACAGUUAAGUAGAUAUAGCACCAAGGAAAAUAUGCUUGCAUCUACAUUUUAUUUUUUAUUUUUUCCAUUGGAAGCAUAUCUAAAACCAAUUUGUAGAAUCUCUUGUCUGCAACCUUUGCUAGCUCUCCCCUUUUAACCACGCCCAGAGUUUCUGUGACUUUCCAAUCACAGACUUCCCAAUGCAGCUGAAUGAGAAGUCUUUGCAAGGCAGGUGUUCUGGACAAUUGCUGCCUCUUGAGUUUAGCUCCACUGAGCUAACCAAAACAGGAAUUAACAGGACCGGUUAGAAGGAAGAUUAGCAUCUAUACCUGUUUCAAGGCUUCAGCAUUUGUCGGCAACUUAGGACUGUACACCAGCCAAAGUUUGCAAAUCGUGCUAAGAAUACUUUAACAACAUAAAACACUUUGCUCGACUGAUACACCUGUUAUUGUCUUGUUUUUAGAAAUACACACUUAAAAGAAGUAUUGUUUUUUAGUAUUCUCUGUAGUAUUGGUACCAACAUAUAUUAUGCUGUUGACUGUACCAGAGUGGCUACCAGGCACUAACUAACUAUUUCUGCAUUUACAGAGGCAGAUGGUGAGAUUAGAAGAUGAUAUCGCUUGAAGAACUGUUACCCAUUUUGUGCCUAUCGCCAAACUCUGCUGCUCAGUUCUAGAUCAGGGGCAAUGACUACAAUGAAUACAGAAAAUCAAAUUCUACAUACAUGUCCGUCCACACCAACGUGCCGUGUCUUCGCAGUUAUAUUUAAAUAGCUUUGGGUUUUUUUCUACCCUCUCACCGUAUUUUUUUUUUUUUUUCCUAUUGAACGAGUUGCCCCGUCUCAUUGAUAUUUUACAGACUUUGCUUUUAUGUUUUUUGUUUUUUUUCUUUAUUAUAAUUUAUGGAUUUAAUUUUUGAAGUUGUGCCAUAUUAUUUUCCGCUCUCCUCUGCACAAUUGUGAGAAUGAAUCCAUGAAGGACACACAACAGAUCUUACAAAGGACUCUGAGAGUGAACAAAUGUUGGAAAACUAUAAUAUUGCAAAGCACUGCGGGACCAUGAAGAACUUAAGAAAACAAUCCUUCUGGGGGGGUUGUUUUAAUGUUUUUGCAACUAUGUUAGUGUUGUCUGUUUGUUUUUUGUUGGGGGCUUGAGUUAAAAGCACAAAGUACUUAAACACUAAAAAGCUAAACAUUCAAACUGGAUGGUGACUAGCAGCUACGUGUGCAGAACAUGUUGAACUGUGGAUAUCGACAUCUCAGGGUCGUCAUUAAUCUCUGGGAGUAUGCUCAGGAUCGGAGUUACAGCCAUUGUAUGAAGUUUAUUCUUCCUGACAAUAUGUAGCAAAUGGCCAUCAGAGACCAACAAGUGCCUCUUCUGCAACUGUUGUUUUACCUCCAAUUUGCCAACACCCGCCCUCUGUCUGCACUUUUGUUUGAUUGGUUAUGUAUAGAUUUGUUUGACUGUGUGUAUGAUGGGCUGUGGAAUUUUUUUCUUCCCAUCAGCCUGUAUAUUUUAGCAGGAUAUGAUGGUCCAAACCGGCAUUUGGAAUAUAUAAAAAUUUGUGAGUUUUCUUCUGAAUUGCACUCUUUCAACAGCUGCUGUUACAAUACCAUUUCCAUGUUUGCAAGCCAACGAAUACAGGAAUUGGUUGUUGAAGUUCAACUGCAGUUGGUGAAUCUGCUAGCUUCUUGCUUUCUACUAUCAGACGGUCAAUGUGCAAUCAGUUUUAUCAGGAAUGAAAAAUUAUGCUGUAAUCCAAAGAACCGCAAACAAAUGGUUAACCCUGUGAUUUCCAGUGCGUUUCUUGCAAAACUUUUAGUGCUUAGUAGUUUAAACGCACCCAUGGGUAGACUACUGCUGCCUUAAUAUGGAAGUGGUGCUAAUAUAAUAUCCUGUUUUUACAUGCCGUAUCUUUCAAUUGUACUUGGUUGCAUGUGAGAUUUCUUUUAACCUGUGGAAAGCCUUACAUUACAUCUUCUCUUCUGGCUGCAUAGAAAGCAUCUGUAAUUUACUGCAGUAUUGGAAUCAAAAUGCCCUGCCUGAACCUGUGAAAAGAUUGCUAUUUUAUGUGAAGGGUGUAUAUAUAUUUGUAUCUGUACAGUUAUACUUGCACAUGUUUAUAUUUUUUUGCUGUAUGUACUUUUAUGUUCAUUUUGGGAAAGUUUAAUAUAUAAUUUAUUUAUUUCAGAAUAUA